CCUAAGACCAAGAAGAUGUCCAAAGACAGUUUUGAGCCAGCACCCCGGGUGGUUGUUUUCCUGACAUACCUGGGUUAUGGCAUAUUGAUGUUGUUUGGCUACUUUCGAGAUUUUCUAAGGAAGAGUGGAGUUGAAACGACGCAUUCAGCCAUAGAGAGGAAAAAUAUGAAGGAUUUUGUUCCCUUGUACCAGUCAUUUGAGAGUUUCUACAAGAGGAACAUCUAUAUGCGCCUCAGGGACUGCUUGAACAGGCCGAUUUGCAGUGUGCCGUCUGCGGAGUUUGACAUUUCAGAGAGGGUUAGCGAUGAUGGCAACUGGCACCUCAGGCUUACAGGAAAGACAAGACGAUGUGUGAAUCUAGGUUCUUACAACUACCUGGGGUUUGCAGAGAACAAAGGCCCUUGUGCAGAUGCUGCAGCAGAGGCUCUGCAGCAGUACGGAGCAGGAGUCUGCAGCACCAGACAGGAACUGGGGAACUACAAAAUCCACGAGGAACUGGAGGAGACAACUGCCAGGUUCCUGGGUGUGGAGGAUGCUGUCACCUUCGGCAUGGGUUUUGCCACCAACUCCAUGAACAUUCCAGCCCUCAUGGGUGGAAAGGGAUGCCUUAUCCUGAGUGAUGAGUUAAACCAUGCAUCUCUUGUGCUGGGGGCCAGGCUGUGUAGUACUGUCAUCAAGGUGUUCAAACACAAUGAUAUCGAAGAUGUGGAAAGGAAACUGAGGGAAGCGAUCAUCAAUGGCCAGCCACGGAGACAGCGGGCAUGGAGGAAGAUCCUGAUCAUAGUGGAGGGGAUCUACAGUAUGGAGGGCUCCAUCAUCAAGCUGCCAGACUUCAUCCGCCUCAAGAAGAAGUAUGGAGCCUACCUGUACCUGGACGAGGCCCACAGCGUCGGGGCCCUGGGGGAGACGGGCAGGGGGGUGACUGAGUACUGGGGGGUGGACCCCAGGGACGUGGACAUCAUGAUGGGCACAUUCACCAAGAGCUUUGGGGCUGCAGGAGGCUACAUUGCCGGGUCAAAGCGGUUGAUCAACCACCUGCGAGCCUACUCUCACAGCACCACGUACGCCUGCUCCAUGUCAGCUCCUGUGGCACAACAGGUCAUCUCUUCCAUGAAGAUCAUUAUGGGUGAGGAUGGUACAAACAGGGGUCAACUGAGGAUCAAGCAGCUGGCAGCCAACUCCAAGUACUUCCGUCAGCGGCUAGUGGAGAUGGGGUUCAUGGUUUAUGGAAACGACGACUCACCCAUCGUGCCUCUUCUCAUGUAUAUGGUUCCAAAAAUUGCAGCAUUUAGCCGGGAGAUGUACGAGCAGAAUGUGGGGGUAGUGGUUGUGGGUUACCCCGCCACUCCUCUUACGGAGACCCGAGCACGUUUCUGUCUGUCUGCUGCCCACACAAGAGAAAUGUUAGACAAGGUUCUGGAUGACAUCAGUGAUGUUGGAGACCGCCUGCAGCUGAAGUACUCCCUCAACUCACCAGUAAAGGCCGUGUCUGCUGAGGAGUGCUACAGCCAGGUGGACAGUCUGGAACACAAGGCUUGAUCCAUGAUGUCUUCUGGUCACCAAAUUCCAAAGAUGCUUUGCGAAUAUUCUAACCUGAUUUAGUCAUAGAAUCUCAAGGUCGGGCAUAGUGGUUAGGGAGGGGAGGGGUUGUCAAACGAGAGAGUGAGCUUUAUCUAAAUAAAGCCCCGUAUAUGCCUUACCAGCACUCAACACACCACAUCGUCAACAAUUUAUCAAGUAACGAUUUUGUGAUUAGAUUAUAAUGUACAGGAUUAGAUUAUAAUGUACAAGAUCAUAUCUGCCUUAUUCUACUUCAAGGACCAACAAGAAGGCGUUUUGUGAUGAGGCACAGAUACUGUUAGU